CCGCAAUCCAAUCAAAAUGCCCUCACAACAAAGACUAACCAUGACCCCUCGUCCUUUGCUGCACCAAAGAUCAACGGCGUGCUGUUUUUGAAAUUGCUAGUUCUGAUUGCAGCCUUGGGUAGAAGAUGCAUCAAGUAACUUCCUUGCUCUCUGUGGUUUGAGGUUUGGUAUAGACUCGCUAGCUAUCGGUACAUGUACCGGUAACAGGUCGACCACACUCGACACACAAGAGACCUGAGAGCUCGGGACGCACACAAGAUCUGAAGUCGUCCAGUAAGAACAGCAAGAUCGUCAUGGACUCGACUCGACUCGACUAAGUCCCAAGUGCCAACUGGGACCGCGGGAACAAAGCACCUUUGAAAAGGAAGCAAGCCAAGAUAUCAUGACUGAAGCAUGACUCGCAGGAUCUACCAGUACAUGCACAGUACAAACCUUUUCGUCUUUGGCUGGCUACCAGGUACUGUCUUGCAUUCAGCAUGGCUCCACUGGACGAAACCUUCCAGUCUCCUGCUAAGGUAGUACGGCACGGUAGUUGAGCUCACCUUUUGGCUCACAACUCGGAGAGACGAAAAACAAAAACAUAACACAAAAACAACACAAACACACACAAACACAAGCAAAAACUCAAGUAUCUUUACCAAUCCAAAAGCAAAGUAUCUAUCAUGAAGUUUCAACUGUCUUCCUGGCUCAUUUCUGUGACCGGCGCCGCGGCAUGUGUGUGCCUGCUGCUAAUCAAUGGAGUUCAAGCUCAGGGCGUUGCCGUUCCAUCAUCCAAGCAGAGAUUCUUGCGAAACUCUGGUCGCGUACAGCCUGAUGAUUCAAUAAGCCAGGGUGCCGCUCUCGCGUUGCAUCAGCGCACGGACAAGUUCUCGGAUGCAGUGGAUGCAUUCGCUGAAAAGUGGGGCCAGCAAGACGGCUCCCCCCUCGAAAUGGAAGCCUUCUAUCAGGAAAUGCAAGAUUUCCACGUGGCCAUGACAGCCAAUCCUGUUGCCGUGUCCAAGGCAAGCUUUGACGAGAAGGUGACCAUGGUCAAAGAGAUCCAGAGGAGUUUCUCGGUUGUAGAGAGGAUCCUCUCAUUGAUGGAAACUUCCAACACUACCAUGUUCCUUCCCUUCGUCUCGGAAAUGAAAAACCAAAUGCUAGCAGCUGAAUCCAUGACGGACGAUGUUCUAGAGCUGCUGGACGACAUGGCAGAUGACAAGACAGUCGAUAUCAACACUGCGGAUGUUCACAAGCCAGACAACUCCAGCCCUCUUCAGGCCAAAACUCGUCGUAGUCAUCGUCGUUUGAACAAUUAUGCCAUGGACGACGAUUUCAGUGCAUCACGAUUCAAGCCAACAUCGUUCGCUCAUCAGGACGCCUCUGAUGGCGAAUAUUACCACAAGUCGUGGAAAGUCUACCAUGAACGUGAUGACGCGGAUCAGCACUGGCAUGGAUUCAAGGAUCACCGUCAGUAUCGUUCCUGGAAAGGAAAACACACCUCAACGAAUCCCCACAGCCGCCAUAUCUUUGAUGCCAUGGAAGAUCUCCACACUGGCAACUUUGGUGGUCUUCGGGAGCGUGUCUUGCGCAAGGGUGAUCAUAUGCAUGAAAAGUAUCAUCGUCCCGACAAUCUCAAGAAUGGAAGACGAAAAUUGACUUCAACGCAGAAACGGGCUCAAUGCGACCUUUUCUUGAGUUGCGCCAAAACCAUGAAUUUGUACGAUAUGGUCUUUUACCAUUUUUCCGAUUAUAUUGACACGACCUCGGGGAGAUUUGCAGAAAACUUUAGGGUACCACGUGACUUUGACAUUUUGGAAGUCGAAGCUAGUAUUAAGGCUGCCAUUGCCAAGGUCGAAAAACAAAAGGAAACACAGCAACGAGAACAAGCAUGUUCCGACUUGCUCGAUCUGUUCCACCAGAACGAAGCGACCAAAGAUCCCGACUAUUGGAACUGGAGAGCAGGUGCAGUGAGUGAGGUGUGCUAUGCCAGUGGCACAACCAAAAAGAUUGAUCUCUAUCUGAUCAAGGAACACAUUGGCGAAAAGGCCGCAACUCGUGUUCUGCAAGAGACUCUGGAGGCUGCCAAAGUGUUGUAUGAUACGCGUGAUCAAGUCAAACACAAGGACGAACCAUUUGUCUAUCUGGAUGCAGAUGAAGGAGUCAGAUUCCCAAAAGAAGUGCAUGGGCUUUCCAAAGAUAGCGAAGGCCGCCCAGAGCUGAGAGUGAAUCUCGAGGAAUUCUACUCAUACGGAAAAGGAUAUGUCCAAAACUUGAAUGAGUUGACUCAAAUGUAUGGAAAGGGAGAUAUCUGUCCCGGCAAUCUUAAGAACGGUGGGAUUGGGAUUGAUGGAGACCUUCAGUGCUCCUCAUCGAAUCCCAAGGUUUCCGUAUGCACACCUUUUUUGGUGAUUGGUGGUAGCGGGAUAUACUUGCUUCCAACUACGGACCUCCCUGUAGCCAAAACCUACCUUGGUGCAUCCGUUGCUCUUGGAGGAAGCAGGCUGAUAUUGGAAGUGAAGAACGGGGAUGUGAACCCUGACCCACACGAAAUUGCUGGCUACAAGCAGGAUAAAAAGAAUGGUUUCAAUAACAAGUGGGAUGACUGGGAUGAUGUCAACCAACUGGUCAGGCACGCGCAGCUGUUCGUCAAUGCCACCCAAACACCGGACAUUGCUCGGAUCCCAAAGUUCAGAGACUAUUUUCUAUUGGUCGCUGGCGAUCAUGUUGUCAAAGAUUUCUUUUUCUAUGAUUUGAACGAUGCCAAGGAUGAGCUCAGUAACCAGAAGGGUUCCCGUUGCAUUGUUGAGAUCAAAGAUGGGAUCGCCAUGGACCCAGCCAUCACCAACACAGAAGGUUUUGCGAAGCACUGGGACAAUGAUGCUGACAAGAAACGGCUAACAAGAGUGGCUCAGAGCUGGGCAGAUUCCAAUGAUGUCUUUUUCAUUUUUGUGGUUGGUUCUGAAGACAAGGCUGUAGUCACUGGUUUCUUUUCUGAUGUGGAAACGCUCCUAAAAGAAGGAAAGCGGGUUCACGCCCGUGGAGAAUCAUUCCAGAUGUUUGUGGUUCAAAAUGGUGAAAUCCAGAUCGAUGAAGAUUCUUUUUCAAUGAGAGAUGGAUAUAUCAUAAACUAUGACAAUCAAGCAGAGGAACGGAGGCAGUUGGAAGUGGCACAACAAUCGAUUGCGUCGUUGUUCUACCUGAUUGUGUGGCAGGGACACGGAGUGCAGGGUUACUUCUACAGCUACCAUUCAACGCUUAUGGCUCUGGGAAGAAUAGCAGGCAAAAGAGCAGCCUUUGCCGUCUUCAAUGGAGAAAUUCAGGACCCCCACAAGCUGUGGCUGUUCCAAGGAGGAAUCGAUGUUGGUAAUAUCUGGGAUGAUUGGGAUGACAUAAAUGCCAUGAUGAAAGAAGCCCAAGAUUCCCUCAGCGGUUUGACAUGCUCCCCACGCCCAUCCAUUGCUGAACAAGGUGCUGAUGACGAGUACGCUGGUUGGUAUGAUCUUCAUGAAUGCGGCCAGUGCAAUUACUAUUGUAGCUGGAUUGGAUCAAGUGGUUCAGGCGGAGACCCGAGUGUCAAGACUGAGUUUGGUGAAAGCAAAUGGGUUUGCCAGAAGAACGGGGUCGAUUCAUACUCGUAUCCACUUCCAUUCAACUUCAAAAGAUGCAACGCAAUCGACCCUUUGCUCAACUCCACCCGCAGCGUCUUUGGAGACACCUCACCGGGACAGAUAGCUGCACUUGCAGAGGUUGGCAAGGAACCGGUCAAGUUUGAUGAAGCUUUUUGUCCGGGAGAUUGGGAGUUAGCGGAGGAAUCCAAGAACUUUGACCCAAGUUCGCAAACACAUGGAAUCCGGUGUGUCAGAGAGUACACAGUGGCUUGCGAAGAGGAUUGUGCCAAGAAGCAAUGUGCCGAUACAGGAGGCCAGUGGAUCACAGACGUCGACAACACUUUUAAGGACACAAGCUUCAGUAAAACGCCUUUCACCUGCUUCUAUGGUAAGGGUUGUCCCUCUGGUUGGUCUGGUUCUUUCGCGCAGAAUGGGCUCGAGUGCACGAAGACCUUGUCUCAGCAAUGCGGCACAGAUUGCGCUGAAAAACAAUGCGGCGAUCAUGGUGGCUCUCUACUAGAGGGUGAGCAGCAGGCUACGUUUGAAGCAUUCGGGACCCACUUCAGCCUUGCCAUGUCCGAAGAGGGAGACGUCAAAGCCGUCGGGCAAAAGGGUGCCGUCACGAUCUAUCGCAAAGGAUCCACAACGCUAACAGUCAAAUGCAAAGGCGCCUCUUGCUCUCCAAACUUUGGGAAGUCGGUUGCUGUUUCAGCUGAUGGGUCAACACUUGCUGUUGGCCAGGUUGGCGAUAAACAGAAUGAUGGACAUGUUCGCCUCUUUGGUAUCGAUGGUGAUGAGCCUGUAGAACUCUGGACUUUCUUCAAUGCCGACAACGACUCGAACACAAAGACUUCUUCCUUUGGUACAAGCCUCGCCUUGAGCGGCAACGGCAAGCUCUUGCUAGUUGGUCAACCUGGUCAUCAAACAAACAAUGGAAGGGUCAUCCUUUAUGAGCACCGCAGCCCAAAGAAUUGGCAAGAAAUCUUUUCUGAGGCUUGGCACACACCAAACGCCCAACUAGGAGCAUCGGUUGCCAUGUCAAAGGAUGGAUCCAAGCUAGUGGCUGGUGGAAAGACUCAUGCUCACGAGGGUGUCCAAGGCACUGGUGUAGCUUCUGUAUGGGAAAAGGAGGGAGCCGCCUACAAGCACAAAAUCGACUUCUUCGGCGACGAUGGGAGUUCUGAAUUUGGAAGUGUUGUUUCAAUGUCAGCAGACGGCCAGAUUUUCGUUGCCAGUGCUCCUGGUUGGAACAAUGGUGCCAACACAAACAGUGGGAAAUUCAAGGCCUUUAAGCGUGGCAACAAGGGGUGGAACCUUCUGAAACAAGUCGAGUUUGACUGGAAAAAUCACCGCGUCGGCAGUUCUAUGGCAAUCUCUCCUGAUGGCAAACAUCUCGCUGUUGGGUCAAUCAGAGGUGGUGGAUCUGGAGGCAUGGCCAUGGUCUACAAUACAAAAGACUGGACCGAAGAAACGGCGUAUGGAGAAGGCGAUGCCCUACACUGUGGUGCUGCCGUUUCAAUCUCCAACUCUGGAAGCUGGAUGAUAGGAUGCAAAGCCGGCUUCGUUGCUUUGAUGGAUUCGUUUCCCACCACGUCAAUCAGCGUGACCAAAGACUCGAUGCUCAAAAAGUCAAAGGAAGGCCGACCAGGAACUACCUUUACAUGCACCUUGCCGGACACUUACACGCUUGAGCGAAAGCCAGCACUUCCUGGUUUCUGCUGUCUUGACACCCCCGACGUUUCCGGUAUCUGGGGCGAACCAUACACGUGCAAAUCCGAAUGCAAGAACUACGCACCCUCCCUUGCCGGUAUCAGUGUUGGCACCUGCGAUAUUUUCGGUGGCACAUUUUGCCCGUACGAGGAAGCUCAAGAAUGCAGCCCCCUCAAACGAUGCGUGGCACGAUAUCUGAAGGCCGCAAAAGCCCUGGAGGGACAGCAGGGAUGGAACCCAACUUAUGUGCAAUACCUGAGUGACAUGCCAAAUAUCACAGACGCAACUAAUGCCCACUCGUGUGGUCGCGCUCGAGAGUAUUUUGGAUUCGACCCCACCUUCCCAAUCGAUUUGAAGAUCUGUGACGAGAUUGAGGAAUACAAGAACGCUCAGGAGCUUGGUUUUAUGAAUGAUGUGUUUGAGCAAAUGCCUUCUUCUGGAAAGUCCAUUGGAAGUGGUGGAAAGGGAGUUGGUGGAUCCGACGGAGGAAAGGUGGUCGAUGAGAAAUUCGAGGACAUUGUCACUGUGGCAAAGGCUAAGCUAAAGGAUGCAGGUGAACCGGACUCGAAAUGCAAUGCCGAUGCAUUGACCAGUUGGCAGUCUCUUCGUUUUGGUUUCCUCUUGGCGUUUGAGGUGACGGAGGAUCUCUACGAUGCAUUGGAGGGUUUCGAAUGCCCGGAAGAUCUCACGGGCAUUGUCAAGUCACUGUGCGCCGGCAUCAAGAACAUUAGCAUGAUGAUCUUUCUGAUCACUCGGGGCGUUGCUCGUAGCAUUUUGGAACUGACAAACCACCUACUGGAUGCAACCACGUGCGGCAACCUGGAUCCUCAGAGCCAGGGUGAGAUGUUCGAGGCGACAAAGGCUCUGACGGAAAACCUGGGUAGCGUCUACAAUGUGAUUGCCGAGCGCCAGACUCAGACGCACACUGGAAUCAACGCCCUUGGGACCAUGAUGAACAAUCAAGUGGACAAGGUGAAAGAGGUUGAGGCUUCGUUGACCAGCAAGUUUGAAGACGUCAGCAACAACCUGAAACAGUUGACUGCCUCUUUGACUGCCAAAGACGGAAAGCGCAGGUUCCUUGGCGAAGAUUUAUUGGACGAUUCCAUCCCAGAUGAUUUGGAAGAGCUCAAGGCAGAACUAAAGUCGAAGAGUCAAGAUGCAGAAUCUCAAAUGGCCGGCAUGAAAUCGGAAAUGGCCGCAAUGAAAACGGAAUUGUCCGAGCAAAUGUCGCAGAUUCAAGACCUAUUGAAGGCUGUCCUCCUCUCCUCUCCUUCCGCUUCUGCUGGACAGCCUUUGGAUCAAGAAGGGGAAUAGAGUUUCAAUCAAAAGGUAGCACUGCAUUAGUAAAGACGUUCAUGAUCACCGUACUGCCUGGUACCGGUAGUACCGAAGA